GGCUCCUCCAGCGGCGUCUGAGCUAUAAAAGCUCCGGGAGGUAAAAAAAAAAACGGCACUGUUACAUUGCGAGUGAGGACGUGUGCGCUGUGAAAUUAGUGAGGGGAAAAAGUAGACAAAGGACUACUUUUGCUUUUUUCCCCUAUUGGAGUAUUUUCAACUUGCACGCAUUAAGAAGUCGUUUGCAGCUCUCAGGGAAGAGUCGGAAGCCGGAGGCUGCUGGGUGGGAAGUCCAGCGGCAAGAUGUCCAUCUCCACUCAGCUGGGCCUGCUGCUCUGGAAGAACUUCACCUACAGGCGACGGCAAACGCUCCAGCUGCUGAUCGAGGUCAUAUGGCCACUCUUUAUCUUCUUCAUCCUGAUCUCCGUGAGGAUUUACUACCCACCAUAUCAGCAGCACGAAUGCCAUUUCCCCAACAAGGCCAUGCCCUCUGCGGGCACCCUGCCCUGGGUCCAGGGCAUAAUUUGCAACGCCAACAACCCCUGCUUCCGUCACCCCACCCCUGGAGAGUCCCCAGGAGUGGUUGGCAACUUCAACCAGUCUAUUAUUUCGCGCCUGUUCUCCGAUGCCAAGAAGAUCCUGCUAUACAGUCAGCAUGAUAAGAGCCUGGAGGGAUUCAAAGACCUGAUACAAGCACUGAAGAUCAUGCAGAGCAACACGACAGGCUUCAAGUUGAAGGACUUCCUCCGCGACAAUGAGACACUCUCCUCGUUCCUGGUCCACAAUGCUUCGUUUUCUGAAUAUUCGGUCAAUGAGAUUGUGGAGGCUGAUAUAAACUUGGAAAAGGUGCUGAUUAAGGGCUUCGGCGUACACUUGAAGGACAUGUGCAACAAGACUGCCCUCCAGAACUUCGUGACAAUCAAGGACAAGAACGUGUCACAACUCGCCCAGGACAUCAUCUGCAAAUCCUCGCGAUCCUGGCUGAGCCAGGCUGAGCGCCUCUUCCUGUCCAACCUAGACUUCCUGAAACCCAUACGGAAGGAUGUGAAGACGGACCCCCAUGAUGUUCAGCAGGUCUCGGAGGCCACGGAUUAUCUUCUGGAGAGCCUAGGUGCACUGGCAGUAGAGCUGGCCAGCAUGAAGAGCUGGACAGACAUGCGCAGCGAGAUCCUGUACCUGACGGAAAACGCCAACGACUCGCCCACCCAGAUGUACCAGGCGGUGUCGCGCAUCGUCUGCGGGCACCCCGAGGGCGGUGGCCUAAAGAUCAAGUCCCUCAACUGGUAUGAGGACAGCAACUACAAAGCGCUGUUUGGCAACCACAACGACAGCGAGGAGGAGCCCGUCUCCGUCUAUGACAACUCCUCAUCUCCGUACUGUAAUACCUUGAUGAAGAAUAUGGAAUCCAGUCCCAUUUCUCGCAUGAUCUGGAGAGCCUUGAAGCCCCUGCUGGUGGGCAAGAUCCUCUACACUCCUGACACUCCGGCCACUCAGAAGAUAAUCAAAGAAGUCAACAGGACUUUUCAGGAUUUAGGGAUCCUACGAGACCUAGGUGGUAUGUGGGAGGAGAUCAGGCCCAAGGUGUGGAGCUUCAUGGAAAACAGCAAAGAGAUGAACCUUGUCCGGACCCUGCUACAGAACAACGCCAGCGCCAGGUUCUUCAACGCCCAGCUUCAAGGCACGCAGUGGAAGGUGGAGGAUGUGUCCAGCUUUCUGGCCAAGCAUUCUGAAGACACACGCCCUCCUGGGACAACCUACACCUGGAGGAACGUCUUUAAUGAGACAGAUCAGGCCAUUCGGGCCAUUACACGCUUCAUGGAGUGUGUCAACUUAGAUAAGCUGGAGCCGGUCACCAAUGAGGAGAGGCUGGUGGACAAGUCGAUGGGACUUCUGGAUAACAGACAGUUCUGGGCAGGCAUCGUCUUCCCGGAUAUCGAGUCCAACAGCUCAGACCUUCCUGCCAAUGUCAACUAUAAAAUUCGCAUGGAUAUAGACAACGUGGAGCGAACCAACAAAAUCAAAGACGGAUACUGGGAUCCUGGUCCCAGGGCUGACCCGUUUGAGGACCUGCGCUACGUGUGGGGUGGAUUCUCCUACCUCCAGGAUGUCAUCGAGCAUAGCAUCAUUCGCGUGGUCACCGGUAGCAAAGAGAGGACGGGCGUCUACAUCCAGCAGAUGCCAUACCCCUGCUACGUGGAUGACGUGUUCCUCCGUGUGAUGAGCCGCUCCAUGCCGCUCUUCAUGACGCUGGCUUGGAUGUACUCCGUGGCCAUCAUCAUCAAGGGUGUGGUCUACGAAAAGGAGGCCCGCCUCAAGGAAACCAUGAGGAUCAUGGGACUGAAUAAUGGCAUCCUGUGGUUCAGCUGGUUCAUCAGUAGCCUGAUUCCCCUCCUAGCCAGUUCUGCUCUUCUGGUUCUCGCUCUCAAGAUGGGAAACCUCCUGCCCUACAGCGAUCCAGGGGUGAUUUUCCUGUUCCUAGGCUCCUUUGGCGUGGUUACCAUCAUGCAGUGCUUCCUCAUCAGCACUAUCUUCUCCCGUGCCAACCUGGCAGCGGCCUGUGGAGGCAUCAUAUACUUUACCCUCUAUCUCCCUUACGUGCUUUGUGUGGCCUGGGAAGAUUACGUGGGCUUUGGCUCCAAAGUUAUAGCCAGUCUACUAUCUCCUGUGGCAUUUGGCUUCGGCUGCGAGUACUUCGCUCUCUUUGAAGAGCAGGGCAUGGGUAUCCAAUGGGACAACCUGCUCUCCAGCCCCAUGGAAGAGGACAGCUACAGCCUCACAACCUCCAUUACUCUCAUGUACAUUGACUCCUUCCUUUAUGGACUCAUGACCUGGUACAUUGAAGCCGUCUUCCCAGGCCAGUAUGGGAUACCCCGGCCGUGGUACUUCCCCUUCACUAAAUCCUAUUGGUUUGGAGAAGAUACAGACAAAUUGGCAGCCGAACUGCAGGGCAAACAAGGAAAUGCAGAAACUGUCUGUAUCGAGGAAGAACCAGCACACCUUAAACCAGGUGUUUACAUCAAGAACCUAGUGAAAGUGUAUAGCCAUGGGAACAAGCUGGCUGUGGAUGGGCUGACGCUUGGCUUCUACGAGGGCCAGAUCACUUCCUUCCUGGGCCACAAUGGAGCCGGCAAGACCACCACAAUGUCAAUCCUAACAGGCCUCUUCCCUCCAACAUCGGGGACGGCGUACAUCAUGGGCAAGGACAUCUGUUCUGAGCUGAGUGCGAUACGGCGAGACCUAGGCGUGUGCCCUCAACACAACGUUUUAUUCAGCAUGUUGACCGUGGAGGAGCACAUUUGGUUCUAUGCUCGUUUGAAGGGCCUCUCUGAGGAGGAGGUGAAGGCUGAGAUGGAGCAGAUUGUGUUGGACCUUGGCCUGCCACACAAACGCAAGUCCAGAACUAGCCAACUGUCUGGAGGUAUGCAACGGAAGCUUUCAGUGGCACUGGCAUUUGUUGGUGGAUCCAAAGUCGUCAUUCUGGAUGAGCCUACUGCUGGCGUAGACCCUUAUGCCCGGAGAGGCAUCUGGGACCUGCUACUGAAGUACAGGCAAGGUCGCACCAUCAUCCUCUCCACGCACCACAUGGAUGAGGCCGACAUCCUCGGGGAUCGCAUUGCCAUCAUCUCCCAUGGCAAGCUGUGUUGCGUGGGCUCCUCGCUCUUCUUGAAGAAUCAGUUAGGCACGGGCUACUACCUCACCUUGGUCAAGAGGGACCACGAUCUUUCCCUUAGUAGCUCUUACCGGAACUCAAGCAGCACUGUGUCCUACAUCAAGAAGGAUGACAGUGUUUCCGAGAGCAGCUCUGAUGCAGGCCUCGGCAGUGACCAGGAGAGUGAAACCACCACCAUUGAUGUCUCCAUCAUCUCCAACGUGAUCUUCAAACAUGUCCCUGCUGCACGCAUGGUGGAGGACCUGGGUCAUGAGCUCAUCUAUGUGCUCCCUUACGAGUCAGCCAAAGACGGAGCCUUCGUAGAGCUCUUCCAUGAGCUUGACGACCGCCUUUUUGACCUUGGCAUCUCCAGUUAUGGUGUCUCUGACACCACCCUGGAAGAGAUAUUCCUGAAAGUGGCAGAAGAUAGUGGAGUGGACACUGAAAUCGUAUCAGAUGGCACUGUCCCGUUGCGCAGAAACCGCAGACAUGCCUUUGGUGACCACCAGAGCUGUCUCCGGCCCUUCACUGAGGACGACGGCUUUGACUGCAACGACUCUGAAGGAGACCCGGAAUCCCGGGAGACAGAUUGGCUGAGUGGAACACAUGGCAAGGGGUCGCAUCAAGUCAAAGGCUGGAGUUUGAAGAGACAGCAGUUCGUGGCCUUGUUGUGGAAGCGAUUGCUAUACGCUCGGCGCUCCCGAAAAGGCUUUUUUGCUCAGAUCGUUCUGCCCGCCGUGUUCGUCUGCAUCGCCCUGGUCUUCAGCCUCAUCGUCCCUCCCUUUGGAAAGUACCCCAGUCUGGCCAUGCAGCCAUGGAUGUAUGAGGAGCAGUUUACUUUCUUCAGCAACGAUGCCCCCGAAGAUGCCAGCACGCAGUCGUUAUUAAAUGCCUUGACAGAACAUCCUGGGUUUGGAACUCGUUGUAUGGAAGGAGACCCCAUACCGGGCGUCCCAUGCGAGAAUGUUGAUGACGUCUGGACCAGUCCAGAUGUCCCAAGCAGUGUGCAGGAGAUCUUCUUUUCUGGGAACUGGUCCAUGGAGAACCCUUCCCCUUCGUGCGAGUGCAGCUGCGGCAGCCGGAAGAAGAUGUUGCCUGACUGUCCUCCGGGAGCUGGAGGACUUCCACCCCCCCAGAUUAAACUGAGCCAAACUGAUACCUUGCAAAAUCUGACCGGGAGAAAUGUGUCAGACUACCUGGUGAAAACUUACGCCCAGAUUAUUGGAAAAAGUUUGAAGAACAAGAUUGGAGUUAAUGAAUUCAGGUACGGUGGAUUCUCCCUGGGUGCCAGAAGUUCCCAAGUUCUCCCUCCAGCUGCUGACCUCAAAGAUGCAAUCUCCCGCAUAAGGAGCGUCUUCAGCCUUCGACCGGGGAUGGCAGCCGACCGUUUCCUGAAAAGCUUAUCUGGCUUCAUCCAGGGCCUGGACACAAAGGAUAACGUCAAGGUUUGGUUCAACAACAAAGGCUGGCAUAGUAUCGGAGCCUUUCUCAACGUGAUGAACAACGGCAUCCUGCGGGCAAACCUCCCUCCGGGUACAGAUCCCAGCAAAUUUGGCAUCACGGCCUUCAACCACCCCCUGAACCUCACCAAGGAGCAGCUCUCACAAGUGGCCCUGAUGACCACCUCAGUGGAUGUGCUGGUAUCCAUCUGCGUGAUCUUCGCCAUGUCCUUCGUGCCGGCCAGCUUUGUGGUCUUCCUCAUCCAGGAGCGCGUCAGCAAAGCCAAGCACAUGCAAUUCAUCAGUGGUGUGCAGCCCUUCCUGUACUGGCUGGCUAACUUUGUCUGGGAUAUGUGCAACUAUGUCGUCCCAGCCACGCUGGUCAUCAUCAUUUUCGUCUGUUUCCAACAAAAAGCCUAUGUCUCCUCCACCAAUCUGCCUGCCCUGGCCCUCUUGCUGCUCCUCUACGGGUGGUCCAUCACCCCCCUGAUGUACCCUGCCUCAUUCUUCUUCAAGAUCCCCAGCACAGCCUAUGUGGUGCUUACCAGCGUCAACAUCCUAAUUGGCAUCAAUGGCAGCGUGUCUACAUUCGUCUUGGAGCUCUUUGGUGGCAGCAAGUUCGGUGGGGUCAAUGAAAUCCUGAAGAACGUGUUUCUGAUUUUCCCGCACUUCUGCCUGGGCCGAGGCCUGAUUGACAUGGUUAAAAAUCAAGCGAUGGCCGACGCCCUGGAGAGAUUCGGGGAAAGUCGUUUCCAGUCUCCGUUGGCGUGGGACAUGGUGGGCAAGAACCUUUUUGCUAUGGCCCUGGAGGGUGUGAUCUUCUUCUCCAUCACUGUGCUCAUCCAGUACCGGUUCUUCAUUAAAGCCAGGGCAUGGAGCCCCAAACUGAAUUCUUUAGGCGAGGAGGAUGAAGAUGUGGCCAGGGAGAGGCAGAGAAUCCUGGGUGGAGGGGGCCAGUCUGACAUCCUGGAGUUGCGUCAGCUCACAAAGGUAUAUAAGAGGAAGCAGAAGCCUGCUGUCGACCGUCUGUGUGUGGGCAUCCCACGCAGAGAGUGUUUUGGGCUGCUUGGCGUAAACGGUGCAGGGAAGACAAGUACCUUCAAGAUGUUGACCGGAGAUUCGGUGGUGACUAGCGGAGAGGCCUUCCUGGCUGGGAAGAGCGUGCUGACCGAGAUCGACGAGGUGCACCAGAACAUGGGCUACUGCCCGCAGUUCGACGCCAUCAAUGAACUGCUGACGGGCCGAGAGCACCUGGAGUUCUAUGCCCUCCUACGAGGGGUCCCUGAAAAAGAAGUGUGUGAGGUGGCUGAGUGGGGCAUCCGUAAACUGGGACUGGUGAAGUACGUAGACAAAAAAGCAGGAAGCUAUAGUGGAGGGAACAUGCGCAAGCUGUCCACCGCCAUAGCUCUGAUCGGGGGUCCGCCUGUUGUGUUCCUGGAUGAGCCUACCACCGGCAUGGACCCCAAAGCCCGUCGGGCUCUCUGGAACUGCAUCCUCAGUGUCAUCAAAGAGGGUCGUUCUGUCGUGCUAACCUCGCACAGCAUGGAGGAGUGCGAGGCCCUUUGCACCAGGAUGGCCAUCAUGGUGAACGGCAGGUUCCGCUGUCUGGGCAGCGUCCAGCACCUGAAGAACCGGUUUGGAGACGGCUACACCAUCAUCCUGCGGGUGGCAGGACCCAAGCCGGAUCUGGACUUGGUCAUGAAGUUCAUCGAGGGGGAGUUUCCGGGCAGCACGCUGAAGGAGAAGCACAGGAACAUGCUGCAGUACCAGCUUCCGUCUUCCCUCAUCUCCCUGUCCCGCAUCUUCAGCAUCUUGUCCAAGCACAAGGAGCGGCUCCAGAUAGAGGACUACUCCGUGUCCCAAACCACAUUAGACCAGGUGUUUGUCAAUUUUGCCAAGGACCAAAGUGACGAGGACCAUUCUAAGGACAUUUCCGUGAGCAGCAAAGACGCCGUGGUGGACAUUUCACAGUUCAGCUCCUUCCUGCAAAAUGAGAAGGUGAAGGAGAGCUUUGUUUGAACGGACAGUCUUUCCGUUGCCCCUCAGCCAGAGGGAAACUGGAACUGCAAAGGCGACUCUCGGACCAAAAUGAGAGUUUAUUUUUUUUGUUUUCUUGUGUAUUGAUGUUAUGGUCUUUUAUUUGUUCCUUUUUUGGCAUGAGGCCAUCUGGAGGAGGAACUGAAUGCAGAAGCUUCCCGCUGAAAAGGAACACAAUGCAAGUCAAUGCAAAAAAAUUCCACUUUGGUGUUCACAAGGGAGAGCCUGGCGCCCCCUGUUGGUUGUUGAGGAUAGCGAGCACAUAACUUGAAUAUGCUUAUUUCGUUCCUCUGAUUUUCACACGUUGGAAUGUGUGAACAUGGGAGGCCUGCAAUACUGUAUACCGUGUGUAAUUCCAGUCAGUCUCUGCCCACCGUUAUAGAGGAAUCAGGGCUCACCCCCCACCUUUGGGCAAAGAGCAGAGACUGACGUUGAAGAAUAACAAUCAGUCAAAACAAUGCAAGGCCUUAGGGGAAAGGUUAUAAAAUUACAUUAUUCUGUUUGAUUUUUUUUUUUUGUAAUAUGUACUUUCUUUAAUAUUUAUAUGAACAUAAAUAUCUUAACAUUUUUCAAACUCGUUUAUAAAUUUCUCUUGACUGAGAUGUAGCUUAGUUUCCAGUGCCUGGUACUGCGGCUUCCGUCUUGUCUACCACUCCAAUCAAAACGACGUUAGAAGCACAUGAAGUACACCUUGGAAUGUACUGUAAAGAAAAGAAAAAAAACGUCAUAGGUUUUUAUUUUCGGACCAUAUCUUAUUGGUCAGGAGAACUUCAGAGUUCACAUUUUUAAAAAUGAAAUAUAAAAUACCUCAGUAAAGGCCAGACCAGUGGCUCUCAAUACAGUGCAGUGUUUUUCUCAGUCAGGAAAGCUCCAUGCGAACUAUCGUGUGUAAAUCAGCUGCCGAUGCCGUGAUUUAGCGUCGCUCUAACACACGCAGGACACACAUUCAGGACCUGACCCCUGGUCCCCUCAGUAGCAGCUGGACCUGAGUAUUUUAAUGCCCAUACUACUGGUGUGUCGUCUUUGAUUCCUGUGCUGUAACAAGCCAUAACACGUGCCAACGCCAUCCUUGGUCCUACACUCCAGUAUAGGGCAUACACUCCUUUUCCACUUACUGCCAUGGUGUGAAUUUUCUCACCUGAACAAGUCCCAGCUGAGAUUCUGUGACUCCGGUGGCUGCCGCCCAGCACACUGCGAAUCGCUACGCCCCCCCCCUCCCCCCUCCCCAUCAUCCACUGUGACCUUUCCAAUAAAGUGCCAUUGACGUUGUGUCAUCUCUCCCGUCUGCAUUCAGGAAGGCCUGCUGAGCCAAUCGGAUAAAAAGCUCGCUUCUCAUUGGUCACGGUGUAGUCAUGGCAGUUGUGCCGGUGUUCAUUCCUAGCACUUUAUAGCUCAUGUUUCUUGAAAAUUAUUUAAUUUGCACUGGAGUACCCACAGACAAGAAACAAACAUUUUGUCUUCUGAUUUAUGAAAAUAAUAAAAAUUCUACCAUGGCCAACCCCUUGCCCUUAUAAUUGUGCAUGGGUUUAAUGUACAAAAAAAAAAUUGUGGAAAUCUGUUACUUGUCCUGUGCCGUACUUAUUUAUAGAAUAAAACUUGACCAAUAACAGCCA